AUGGACGAGCGCGUGAUCCAGGUAGGCGGCAGCCUGUACCUGCGCAGCGCCCAGCUGGAGGACUCUGGCCGUUACACCUGCGUCGUCAGCAACAGCGUGGGCAGUGAGCGCGCCUCCACCUCGCUGCUCGUUACCAAACCGCUAUCAGCGUAUAUCAGUCCUGAAGUGCAGACUGUUGAUGCGGGGAAAGCUGCCCUGUUCAACUGCACGACAGACGGUCAUCCAAAGCAAUCCGUAACAUGGCUCAAGGAUGGACGUCUCAUCACACCUUCAAGUCGUGUGCGCCUGAUUGGAACACAGUUUUCCGGCGCUGGCGUUCAGGACGGCCCGGCUGUUGCAGACGCGGCGCCGGUGCUGCUGCGCACGUUCCCGAACGCGACUCUGGCGCCCGGCUCGGCGUGGUCUGCGCAGUGCGAGGCGUCGGGCUCCCCGGCGCCCACCGUCUCCUGGGCGCUGGACGGCGCGCCGCUCGAGUCAUCGCCGGGUGGGGAGCGCGUCGCCGUCAGCAACCGCGUCACCGCCGACGGCGUCCUCAGCUACCUCAACGUGUCCGCCCUGGCGCCAGAGCACGGCGGCCGGUAUACCUGUACAGCCAGCAACGCCGUCGGUUCCGUCACGCACCAGGCCUACCUUCAUAUACUUGGACCACCAUUCAUCAAGCCUAUGCAAGACAAGACUGUCACAGCUGGUACAGAUGCUAUUUUCAAUUGCUAUGUCACAGGACAUCCUAUCAUCAGCAUCCACUGGGAAAAGGAUGGAAGACCCCUUAAUGAAACUGAGAGGCGAACAUUGUUUCCCAAUGGUACACUCUCAAUAAAAGAUGUUGAUAAAUCUGAGGACAGUGGAGCAUAUGUAUGCAUUGCUAGAAAUCCUAGUGGGCGUUCAGCCAGAAGAAAAGUUAAAGUUCAAGUAUUAGAGGCACCAGAAAUAGAUCCUAUUUUAAUAAAACCAAAAUUGCAGAGAGGUAUGAGAAUACAUUUGACAUGCAUUGUGAGCAAAGGAGACAGUCCAGUAUCAAUUGUAUGGUUGAAAGAUGGCUCGAAUAUUUCUCAAGGACAAGGAAUUACAGAAAAGACUAUAGAUGACUUCUCAAGUACUUUGAGUUUCAGCAGUCUUACUGUAAAACACACAGGAAAUUACACCUGUCGAGCAACAAAUGCUGUAGCUGUGGCAAACUAUACAGUGCCUGUUGUGGUAAAUGUUCCACCUAGCUGGAAAGUUGAACCAAGUGACACUGAAGCAGUACUUGGGAGCAGUCUUAGAGUUGACUGUGCAGCUGAUGGAUCACCUGUUCCUCAAAUUACAUGGAGGAAGCAGUCACUAGUUGGAGAACAUCCUCUCCAGGAACUACCCAAAACAGAAAAUUACAGAGUUUUUGAAAAUGGUAGCAUGUGGAUACAGAAUGUGAUUCAAGAAAACAAAGGUUACUACAUCUGUGAAGCUAUCAAUGGUGUAGGAAACAAUUUGAGUAAGACAAUUCACAUUGUUGUGCAUGUGCCAGCAAGAAUCUCUAGAACAUUUCAGAAUGUAACGGUUAAAAAAGGUGAAACUGCCAUUUUGGACUGUGUUGUAGAGGGAGAUAAACCAAUUAAAAUAAACUGGCUGCUUGGCAAUCAUUCAUCUGUCCUAAACUUUCACUCUAAAGUGGACAUCACUGAAGAAACCAUGGACUUCAAAAUUCAUUCAAAGAUGACACUAAAAAAUGCAUUACGAAGUGAUUCAUCUUGUUUUGUGUGCAAUGCUACUAACAAAUAUGGAAGUGAUCUUUCAGAGUUCUACUUAAUAGUGCAAGAAAUACCAGAUCCACCAGCCAAAGUUCAUUUGACAGAUUUUUAUAGUCGCUCAGUCAAUAUUACUUGGAAAGCUUCAUACAAUGGAAACAGUCCAAUAAGAACUUACAUUAUCCAGAUCAAGAACUCGUCAGGUUCCUGGCAAGGAAGUAGCCAUAAUAUGGUGAUAGAUGGCAGUCAGACAAGUGCUAUAGUCACAGAAUUGCAGCCAGCCCAUAGCUAUGAGAUACGUGUACUUGCAGAAAAUUCUGUUGGUGUCUCCAAUGCAAGUGAAUCCAUUUCUGUAACUACAUCUGAAGAAGCUCCCAGUGGACCACCAAGAGAUGUUAAAGUUAGAGCCAUUAACUCAGAAAUAUUGUAUGUCAGCUGGAAGCCACCAGAACCUCACCUUCACAAUGGAGAAAUUAUUGGAUAUUACAUAGGUUACUGUGUGAGAAACUCAACAGAAUCAGUGCAUUACAAGACAUUUGAAGUAAUUCCAGGGAUGGACCUACAUACAAAACUCACAAAUUUGCUCAAAUUCACAGAAUACAGCAUCACGGUACAAGCUUAUAACAGAGCAGGAACUGGACCACACAGCCAUAGCAUCAUUGUGUCAACUGAUGAAGAUGUUCCAGGAGGACCUCCAACUGACAUACAAUGUACUUCAUUAACGUCCCACAGCAUUUUAGUUUUGUGGUCAGCACCACUUCCCAAUGAGAUUAAUGGGAUUCUCUUGGGUUACCGGAUAGUGUACCGUGCACUGUCUACUUGGGAUGACCUUCAAACAAUGGAAGAACAAACAUCAGAAAAUAAAAUUGAACUGCUGGACCUCAUACCUUUCUGCAAUUAUAGUAUAGAAGUGAAAGCCUACACUCGAAAAGGAGAUGGUGCAGCAAGCAACCCAGUUUUCUGUCGAACACAAGAGGAUGUUCCAAGUGAACCAGAAGAUAUAAAGGCACUAAUAAUGGAUUCCAGAACAAUUCUUCUUUCCUGGAAGCCUCCCAGAUAUCCAAAUGGAAGAAUCAGAAAAUACAAGGUGCAAGUUUCUCUUUGA